UUACACAUAUAUAUUUUUUAGUGAAAACAAUAUAUAAAAUGUAGUGCUUAAUAUUUUUAGCAUUUUGUUGAAAGCUGGAAAACAGCACUUGAUUUGAUAAACGGGCAAUUAAACUGGGGUAUAUACAUUUAUGUUAACUUAUUACAGUGGUAGGAGUAAAUUAGUGUGAGUAAUGUCUCAAAUGUGCACAGAGACAUAAGAGAGAGCGAGAGAGAGAAGGGGGAGAGGGAGAGACAGCAGAGAGGGGGUGGGAAUCUGGAGAUGUAAAGAGGGGGGGAGAGAUGGAGAGAGUGUGUGAGAGAGAGAGAAAAAAAAAGAGACAAAGUGAAAUAUGAAAUGGAAUAGGCGAGGGGCGUACGAUAUUGCAUUUUGUACCAUAUUAGAGUUUUGUGCAUGUAGUGAACCGCGAAGACAAUACAAAACGGUGAAAAAAAACCGCGAUAUUUUCAUUGUUGGAAGCUAUCCGAGCACGCCGAGUAAAGGACAUGCGAUGUCACAAGUGCAUGAAAUUGAAUUCACGGCCAUCCAUUAAAUAAUCAUUAUAUCUACCAGUAACGGGCGACGAGUACAUGCCUCUGUGUGAGAUGGAAGAGAUGUGGGUCUCGUUGCUAUAGAUUAAAUACACUGAAAAAUUCGGUUGAUCUCUGUGGCGUCGCUACACAUGCCGGCGUCUGACAUGCAGUCAGGGUAAUGUUGGCCUAACGUUUCGUACUUCCCAGUGUUCCGUUGAAUCACCAAUUGGUUUGGAAAGAUGCCUUUACGAAAGCGAUUUUUAUUCAUUCUUACCAUUCUAACAUUAAUAAUUGCUGGUUUUGCUUUACUAUCAAAUUACGCAGAGAUUAAAAAACCAUUAAUAUACUUCAGGUCGAAUGUGCGUGAUAUUGAGUUCAAUGCCAGCCUCUAUAAGGAAGGGAUUAUCGUUGUAGAUGAUAGUCCCGAUGAAUACACACCAUUUGAUGGGUCGUGGAAAAGUUCAACUGCACCUUUUCAUCCAUAUUUCGACGUGAAUUGUUCAGCGUUGAUUCAUAAGGAUAAGUUGGCCGUCACCAACACGGAAGUGAUUUUGAACAACUUGCGGGAAAAAGGAGACAUAGUUGUGCCGUCGGACAAGGAAGUGGAGCGUUUUACUUCGAAUUGCGAGAGGUUUAAAACACAACGAUCUUAUCCGACUUAUGUGCGUUCGGAAGAAGAGCGUGAGUAUCCGAUUGCUUAUACGAUUGUGGCCCACACAUCGGCGGCCCAAGUUGAACGCCUUUUACGCGCCAUUUAUCAGCCGCAUAACCUCUAUUGCAUACAUCCAGACGCGGCUUCACCUCAGGACUUCCAAUCCGCAUUAGUUAGCCUGGCAGACUGCUUUCCAAAUGUGUUUAUACCAUCCAAGGUGGAGCGCGUGCAGUAUCGAGGGAUUACCAGACUUCUUGCGGAUGUCAACUGCAUGAGAGACCUACUCUCACUUCCGGUGCAGUGGAAAUAUCUUAUCAAUCUCAGCGGCCAGGAGUUCCCUCUGAAAACUAACCUGGAAAUUGUUCAGCAGUUGAAAGCCUUCAAAGGCAUGAAUGAGAUCGAAUCGGUUGUUCCACCUGAUGGUAAGGUUGGUCGCACCGUCUAUAAGUUCAGGUUCCGUCCAGGAUACGAGUUGCCGGUCAAUACCGGCAUCAGGAACUCACCGCCGCCGCACGGGAUACAGAUAUACACCGGAAAUGCAUACGGUGCGUUCGCGAAGUCUUUCGUGGACUUCGUGGUCAACAACAAAGAGGCCGGGGACCUCCUCAGAUGGAUGAAAUAUACGUGGAGUCCGGACGAAAACUACUGGGCCACACUGCACCAACAUCCGAAUGCCACACCCGUGUGGAGGAAGGGUCCAUCAGACAGACUAUUAGUGAAGAUGAUGAAAUGGGGAGACCGUUAUGACCACCCUGCAUGUGCAGGAAAGUACGUGCGGGCUUUGUGUGUUUUCGGUGUGGGAUACCUGUAUCACCUUGCUGAGGUACCCCAUUUGUUCGCCAAUAAGUUCCAUUAUGAGUAUGAUCCCGUUUCCUUACAGUGUCUUGAGCAGCUUCUUGAUUACAGAGCCAAUUUCCCCGAAACUCUAAAGGAAUUUGUUAAAGGUUUCCCUGUCGUGGAUUGAAGUUCUUGAGGGGACGCCAUUAUGAAAUUAUAUACGUUUGAGCUACACUAGUAAAUGCCUUUAAUCAUAUUGGUCUUGCCCAUCUAUUGGAAAUUGACACAUUACGUGCAUUAGUGAUCUGUAUGUGAUGACAGCCUCAUCGUUCUAAUGCCACGUUGCUAAAGUUGCAAUAAGUCAUUGACAACUACAAAAAAAUCACUUUUUAAAGCCAUGGGAAAGACCAAGUCACAUUAUAUUUUGGGUCAAUAAAUUUGGAUUAAAAUGUUACUUCAUCGUGACUUUUGUAAAACGUCCUCGAUGAUGUAACAUGUGAACGUAAUGCUCUAGUCACGACUAAUGCGAUUCAAAAGUAACCGAUAGUGUGUCAUUGGAAAUAACUUUUUUUAUUCGAUCUGGGCCUUUUCAUCGGUGUGACUGUAACAUAAACUAAACUAAUACAUCAGUCACAUUUGCACUACGGCGGCCAUACGGCGAGUUCAAAACAGGCGUUUUGUCCAGUUUUACUGAAACCCCCUAUGUACUAUAGCUAGUACAACAAUGUUAAAAUGUCUUCGACUCGCCGUACGGCCGUCGUAGAGCAAAAUGUGACUGAGAUAUAAGUCACUCUUGAUGUUUCAUGGAAAAAAAAAAGAAGAAAUGUUACUGGGAUACGGGCACCACCAUGCUUUGCGAGAAAGAACGUGUCACUGAAUACCUAUACCAUUGCUUAAUCGUGCGGGGGGGGGGGGUGCAGAAUACGCAAUAUGACUAUUAUCCUUAGCCUAAUGAGCGAUGAAUAAUAAGAAAUGUUGGUGGGUAAAAAACAACUGUUGAUUGGUAAAAACUACAAAUUCUGUCGAAAUCAACAUAGCAUACUACCGUAAACUUGCCGACUUAAGAGGAGGAGGAGCCACCUUUGGCAUAGAAAGGGGAUUUUUUUGCAAAGGAUCCCCCAUUGCAUCUUGCCUCUUUUUUGUUAUGUAAUGUGACUGUAAUUGACAUUAAGUAUGCCAGUGGUCAGGAUAAUCUGAAAUAUGUAGAAUAUAUACAUAUAU